UUAUGAAACCUUGCAUGGCCAGUAGAUUUUCUAUUGAGAUACACAGUUUCCAUUCUGUGCCCAGCAACCAGGUCCUGCUUUCUCAGACUUACACAUACUCAUUCUUAGCACAAGGAAUUCCCUCCUCACCUCAGUUUUUGUCUUAAAAAGACAUGGAUGAAGAACCCAUAAGUUAUAGUACACUACACCAGAAUUCUCAGCAGAGGCACACACGAAAAAAUAAUGUUAAACCUAAAUUUGGUCCAAAUGAAUUGCCAUUAACCAAAAAAGAGCUGAAACACCAGAAACCUUGUAACACACAGCACAGAAAUAUAGCAGAAGAUGUCAAUGACACAGUUCUCUCAGGAGACGUCUCACCUCUUCCAUGGAGGCUGAUUUCUAGUGUGCUGGGUGUCAUGUGCCUUUUCCUAACGGCUGUAGCCAUUGCAGUGGUUGUUUUGACUGCAAGCACAUCUUCCAAACAAUCUCCUCUCAUAAUCCAGCAAAAAGAGAAACUGUGUCUGGGACCUCAUCAUUCUUGUCCAAAGAAUUGGGUUUGGUUCCGAUGCAAUUGUUACUACAUCUCCAAGGAAGAGUUAACUUGGAAAGACAGUCAACGUGCCUGUUCAUCUCUAAAUUCCAGUCUCAUUAGGAUAAACAGAGAGGAGAUGCAUUUCUUCUCUUUAAAAUAUUUCUUUUGGAUUGGAGUCUACUACAAUGGGAUUGACCGGCACUGGUUGUGGGAAAAUGAUUCACUUCUGCCCUCUGAUAUGUUUGAUCUUCCUACACCUCAAUCACUACAGGCCUGUCUAUCUUACAAAUCAAGAGAAGCUUAUGAAAGUGAAAGUUGUGAAAAUAAACAGAACUACAUUUGUAAGAAUCACCUUAUUUAUUCCAUAAAUUCACAGGAAAGAAGGGCAUUACUCUUAUCUAACCUUAUGUCUUGAUAGACUUGCCAGUGGUCACUUUCUUAUUCUAUCUAGAAAAUAUGUAAAUUUACAUCUUUGGUUUAAUAAAAAUA